AAACCCUAAUAAACGUUCUGGUCGAUCUAGCAGCUUCUUUGAUGAUUUCUUGCUCUGACUAAUCGCAUCUUUGGAAUUGCAAAAGUUUGAUGUAGGAGAGUUUCGAAGAAAGCAUGAGGAUAAUAGGAUUGACCGGAGGGAUUGCGACGGGGAAGAGUACCGUUUCCAAUCUCUUCAAAGGCAAUGGAUUUCCGGUGGUCGAUGCUGAUGUUGUCGCCCGCGAUGUAUUGAAGAAAGGCAGUGGUGGUUGGAGGAAGGUUGUAGCAGCUUUCGGAGAGGACAUAUUGCAGGAAAAUGGGGAAGUUGAUCGGCCGAAAUUGGGCCAGAUUGUAUUUACUGAUCCUUCAAAACGCCAGCUUCUUAAUAGGAUUCUUGCCCCUUACAUUUCGUAUGGUAUUUUGUGGGAAGUCUUUAAGCUGUGGAUGAAGGGUUGUAAGAUCAUCAUUCUUGACGUCCCUUUACUGUUUGAGGCCAAGAUAGAUCGGUGGACGAAACCAAUUAUUGUUGUGUGGGUUGAUCCUGAAACACAGCUCCAACGUCUCAUGGCUAGAGACAGAACUUCUGCACAAGAUGCUCAAAACAGGAUAAAUGCCCAGAUGCCUCUUGACGUAAAAAGGACUAAAGCAGACAUAGUGAUUGAUAACAACGGAUCGUUAGAGGACUUAAAUGAAAGUUUCAGGAAGAUAAUAGAUCAGAUCACCAAACCCUUGACAUGGACUGAAUUUUGGCUUUCUAGACAGGGUGCUAUAGUAGCUUUUCUAUCAAUAUUUUCCGGUGUUUUUGGAUGCAAGAAGCUUCUUGCACGCUUAUGAUUCUAGCAUGACUUGGUUAUGUGAAAUUUGAGAACGAGGUGGGAAUGGUAUGCAACUGGAAGCUGAACAGGACUUGCUUCAUUGAAUCGUGAUUAGUAGCCGACUGUUUAUAUUCUGAAAUAGUGGAAUAGAACUUGUUUAAUUUAUCCAAGUGACAAAAACGAUACAGGCACUUGUAGAACUUGCAUGUUGAUGUCAUUUCAUUGAUGUUGGAUAAGUUGUAUGUAAUUUGACAUAUUUUUUGGUUUAUCGUAAUAGCAGGAUGAGGGUUUGUUUUCUUGU